AUGGACCCGGAGACGGAGCUUGGCGAAGACAAGGGAGAAUCCGGACGGGUAGCGGCCCGCGACAUGACCUCGCGCGAGGACUCUCUUGAGCGGGAGAAGAGUCACAGCCGACGCAGUGGUCAAAGCCGCGCGUCAAUCACCUCCGACAAUAGCGAUCCAUUGUCGCCUUUAGAAUUGGCGCUCUCACCAGGCGAGGAAACAUUCGAAGAGAUCGCUCGCAUACAAACCACCACCAGUAUUGGGAGUUCGGCGUCGCGCCCGCCGGACUUUGAGGUCGUGUUCGACGACAACGACCCGGAGAAUCCACGGAAUUGGCCGUCGUGGUACCGGGGUUUGAUCGUGUUCUCGAUAUCAUUUACUUCCUGGGUCGUCGUAUUCUAUAGCACGAGCUAUAGCGCUGCUAUCCCUGGUUUGGUGGAUGAGUUUGGCGUCUCUUCGACUAUCGCGACUCUUGGUAUUACAACUUACCUACUUGGCCUCGCGGUGGGCAGUCUGCUCGUCGCACCGGUGAGCGAGCUGUAUGGUCGCCGACCCGUGUACAUUUUCUGCAUGAUAUGCUUCACGCUUCUUGUUAUACCUUGUUGUGUGGCUACCUCAUUGGCCGAAAUUAUAGUCGUCAGGUUCUUCGGAGCACUAUUUGGAUCUUGCAUGGUUAUCAAUAGCGCGGGCACAGUCGUCGAUAUAUCAACUGAACAAACUCGGUGGCUAACAGUGAAACAUGCUAUGAUCCUAAGCUUGUGGUCGAUCGCGCCGUUGAAUGGGCCUGUCACCGGGCCGGUCAUCGGCGGAUUCGUAUACCAGUACCUCGGUUGGCGAUGGGACAAUUGGCUCGUCCUAAUUCUCGCAGGGGUCGGUACGGCCAGUAUGACAUUUCCCAAAGAAACCUAUGCGCCGAUGAUCCUUAAAUCGAAGACGGCACGCAGACGCAAGGAAACUGACGACGAGAGAUGGUGGUGUCGCUACGACGUGAAGCUAUCACCGGUCGCACUUUUGAAAGUCAGCCUGCUACGCCCGUUUGCGCUGUCUUUCACAGAGCCUAUCCUUUGGUUCUUCAAUGUUUGGAUAUCACUCAUAUAUGGAAUCCUCUACUUGUGCUUCGUUGCUUAUCCCAUUGUAUUUUCCGAGCAUCGUGGUUGGAGCCCAGGUAUCUCGGGCCUGGCCUUCGUCGGUAUAGGCAUUGGCACCAUGAUUGCGAUUCUCGGCGAACCAUUUUGGCGCAAGAUCAUUAACUCGCACCCGAAAGACCCCUUGACCGGCAGAGUACCCCCAGAAGCGACCGUGAGGGUGAUGAUCAUCGGAAGUAUUUUAGUGCCUGUAGGACAGUUGGUUUUCAGUUGGACAUGUCUCCCCGGGACAAUUCAUUGGGCGAUCCCUAUCGCCUUCGGAAUCCCUUUCGGGUGCGGGAACGCUCUUUGCUUUAUAUACGCCUCUAACUACUUAGCCGGUUCUUACGGCAUCUAUGCAGCUUCGGCUUUGGCAGGAAACGCUGUCAUGCGUUCUGUUUUCGGCGCUACUCUCCCUCUUGCUGGACCUUCGAUGUACGAAACUCUCACCCCGCAGUGGGCUGGCACGCUUCUCGGCUUGUUAGAGGUGGCGAUGAUCCCAAUUCCUCUCAUUUUCUACAGAUAUGGCGAGAAGAUCCGCUCUAAGAGCCCCGUCAUUCGCCAGAUGAGGGAAGACCAAGAGAAGAACGAGCACCGGGCCGAGAAGGCACAGAGACGGAAAGCGAGACGCGAAGAAAAUGCUGACAUGACAGCGCUGGUGAAGGAAGAUGAUAAUAAAAAAGGCACUGAAGACUUAGAGAAGGGCAUCGCUGGAUCAGGCGUUUUGGAUGCGCCUCCCUUGGCAAAAGAUGAGACAGCUGUGUGA